AACAUUUGUCACGUGUCCGGAGCUACGCUGUCAAUGCCGCGCUUUCCUGUGGCUUUGCUGCGUCCCUGCUCGCAACGCACACCGCCAGAGGCGCCGCCAGAGGCGGCGGAGAGCUCGAGAGCUCCACCUGCCAAAGUGCCUCCACCUCCUCAGGUGGUUUUGGGUGGAUAGCCCCCCCACCUCGUCCUCGGGUGCGAGCGCCGACGGCCGACGGCCGCGGGCGCCCCCUGCAGCGAAGGUGGACGGGCCCAGGGCCCGCCAGGCGCGCGCCGCGCGCCGGCGGCGCUGGGAGGCUAACUUUUCAAACUCACCACUCCACAGCGAACACAGUCCGCCAGCGGCGGCUGGAACCACCGCAGGCUGCACCGAGAGGGGCGCAGACAGCUGGGCGGAGCGGCGGCGGCGCCGACUCCGCCGCAGGCCUGAACAAACAGCGGAGCCUCAGCAAGCGAGUAGGAAGGGGAAGGGAGGCCUCUGAGGGGGCGGGGGCCUCGGGGGCGGCACACGAGCGGGUGCGGCCCUCGCACAUCACAGGCGACUGGGGCCGAGGUCCUGCGAGCACCGAGCACGGUGCCGCCGGCUUCGGCGUCCUGCGGACCGCAGGAAGGGGCGCGUCGCACCGCACACAACAGGAGACAAGGGGCGGAGGGCUUGAGCAGUGGGGGAAGAAAAGGCGGGGAAGGGAGGAGGAGAAAAAGAGAUAGAGAGAGAGAGAGAAGAGAGAGAGAGAGAGAGAAAAAAAAAAAAAAAAAAGAGUGAGAGGAAGCAGAAGGGAAGGAGCGAGGUAGAAAGUGUGCUUAACCUCAUCGCACAACGCUAGCUCAUGUCUGGAAAGAGGCCAAUAAUAUCUUGGCGAUUUGGCGAGACGCUUUAUUGCCAAAAUACGAUGGCUUCUUAUGAUCCUCCUUCUUGUGAAAAUAAUGCGCAAGCGGUUCCCGACUGUCAUUCGGAAAAUACGAGCUGGUGAUGUUGUAUAAAUCCAGAAACUCCAGCCCAAGUUUUUGCGCUUCCCUCUGCACUAUGGUAUUGAUCAUAACGAUCCGUUCAUUCGACAUCCCGUUUUCGGAAAAAGGACACUUGUAUUCUUGAUGGACUGCCAUUUCAGACGCGACUAUCACCCGAUGUGGUCUGCGACAGGUCUGGGCCACACGACGAAGCACGUCUAUUACGUAACGCUCUGCUGUGUCAAAGGGGCUGCGGUCGAUCUCGCACAUGCCUAUCGAGAACACUACAACGCUGUCUUUGCUCUCACACACCUGAUGCUCGGCAAACCACGAUGACAAAUGCUUCUGAUAUGCGUCCGAGCUUUCCAAAGUUCCAUACAAUGGUCCUGGUUUCAAAUCUUGCAUGCAAUCUCCCCACAUGAAAUGAACGUCGGGGCCAGUAGCAGAGCGCACGCUCAUGUCACCGUGCUUAUCUUUCGGGUGGUCGAACCGAUACUCGAGCAAAUGCAGCAUGUCGUAAAAAAAUGUUCGCGGUCUGGAAGUCCCAAUGACUGCUAUCUGCCCAACGCCGUGGGUGUUCUUCAGGUCUUCGCCCGAGGGGACUGCAGGAGUCCUGCAUCCACCCCACGGGUGCCAAACGCGCUUCAAAUUUGAGAUCUGCCAGAAUCCUUUUGUAGGGUCGUCACGCUUGAAAUCGCAAGUUCGCCGAUUUGUCCUAAAUAAACCCAUGUUGGAAUAGGCAGCACAAGUGGGCGAUAGCUCAAUACCACACGUCAUGCUCCGAUUGCCAAACAUCUUGUUUGUAUUGGGGCCUGCUUGACCCAGACCCUUGAUGUAAUGAUGGAAUAUGUCCACCGCGUACCACCCUGGAAAUGGCAAAACGAACUCAGCACUGUUGAACUCCACCACCUGCGGGAGGCGUAUGUCAACCCCAACAGUGAAAUCUUCAGGACCAUGGACGUGCGCUUUCAUAACAUCGCCAGAUUCACACUCUGGACCUAUGGAUUCCACUGUUAGCUUCAGUCGAACACCGUCGGGGCCAUGCUUUGCAGACGACUCAAUUCCAAACUUUGUGCUGCAAUUAACAAAGUCCAAUCCGCUAUGCAACUUAACGGGGUACUGCCAACACGAGUCUAACGUAAUACACUCGUCUAGAUGACUCUGUACUUGGUGGAUUGGAGCCGCAUCGAGACGAAGACUCGUCGCCCCUGAUAGUGUGGAAGAGAUAAGCAGUACGAGCGCAUAUUCUAUAUUGUAGAGGCAUGGCAUGUACGGUGAUCAAGUCAGCACGAGCUUGCAUCAAUCAUGCGCGAUGCGAGCAUCCUUCAGCCCAACUGGCU